UCACGUGAUCCCAGCUCCUUUUCAGCUAGUGGGUGGAACCUCAGGAGGGAAAACCCGGGGAAGCCCAGGGCCCUUGUUGUGCUUUUGGCCCAGGUAGGUGGACAGACAUGUCCCAGGCGGGGGACAUAGGAGGCCCCGGCACAGGAGACCCCGUGUUGAGUCUCCCAACACAACUGUGAGCUUUUAGAGAACAUGGAAGGAGCCAGCUCCACGCCAGGCCUGGCACCACACGGGCCAGGGGCAAGCUCUGGGCCCCGAGUCAGGGCUGGCAGCAGAAGGAAGAUCCCCAGGAAGGAGGCCUGUCGAGGUGCCAGCUCGCAGGCUGCGGGUGCAGCUGGGGUCUGCCCAGGGCUCAUGGAUCUGCUAGCUGUGGGACAGAGCCGGGGCUCGAUGCCGGGUCCUGGGCUCCACUUGCAGCCGCCCUCGGUGCCUGCUCAGGGGAGAACUCUGACCUCCAAGAGGCUCCAGGUUUCUCUGUGUGACAUCUUAGAUGACAGUUGCCCCAGGAAACUUUGUAGCAGGUCUGCUGGUUUCCCAGAGAGAGCUCUGGUCUGCAGGGAGAGGCUUGCAGGGCUGGAGGAGGUGAGCUGCCCCAGGCCUAGGGAGGCCAGAGACGGUGGAAUGAGUUCUCCAGGGUGUGACAGAAGAAGCCCCACACUCAGCAAAGAGGAGCCCCCUGGAAGGCCCCUGACAUCCUCACCAGGCCCAGUCCCUGUGAGGGUAAGAAAGAAAUGGAGGAAGCAAGGGACUAAUUCAGAGUGCAGGGAAGGGGCUGGUGGUUUCCUGUGGCUUGAUCAGAGCCCUCGUGGGGACAACCUCCUCUCUGUGGGAGACCCUCCCCAAAGUGCUGACCUGGAGUCCUUGGGAGGCCCCUGCAGACCUCCUUCUCCAAAAGACACUGGGUCUGGGCCUGGAGAGCCAGGUGGAAGUGGGGCAGGAUAUGCCUCAGGGACUGAGAAAUUUGGAUAUUUGCCCGCUACAGGGGAUGGGGCCCAGCCACGCAGCCCCUGUGGCCGUGUCUGGUUCCCAGUGCUCAGUGGAGGGGAGUCACUCAGUUCAGCUGCACAGGCUCCUCCACAGAGCGCAGCGCUGUGCCUGGGGGCGUCAGCACAGGCCUCUGCAGAGCAGCAAGAAGCUCUGUGUGUCAUGCGGGCUGGCAGCGAUGAAGGCCGGGCUCCAGCACAGGACCAGGAGGAGCUGGAGGCCAAGGCUCAGCCAGCAUCCAGAGGAAGGCUGGAGCAAAGACUCGCUGACACCUGUGCCAGCUCCUGGGAGCACUUGGGCGGCCUCAGCUCCUCCCUGGACCCUGAAGCCAGCAGGGCCUGCUCAGGCUCACUCAUGGAGCAGAGAAGAUCCAAGGGCCCUAAGAACCUGAAGAAAAGUCCAGUGCCCUGUGCCCAAGACCAGGGCACAGACAGAAGCUCAGACAACUCCCACCAGGACAGGCCAGAGGAACCCAGCCUAGGAGGCUGCCCCAGACUGGAGGAAGUGAAAAUACCCCAUGGAGUGAAGCUUGUGUGUUACCUGGGUUCCGGGCCAGUGAUCCAGCUCCUGGGGGCCGUCAGCCACGGCCAGGCAGGGGGGCAGCUGCCGCCAAAGCUGGAGGUUCUGGAGGACCUGAUGGAGGUCAGCUCACCCUCACCUGCCCAGAGGCUCAGAAGAAAGAAGAGGCCCAUGGCGCAGGGCCCCGCUGGGUGCCAGGUUUUCCAGCCUCCUCCAGGAGGCACAGCAGGGGACCCUGGUGGCCUCUCUCACCCCUUCUACCCUCCAAGAAGCGGUUCCCUGGCCCUUGGCGACCCUACCUCGGACCCUGCAUGUCCCCAGAGUGGCCCAGUGGAGGCUGAAGAGGAGCCUCUGCUGGAGCGGGCAGAGGACUCAGCUCAGCUCCAACAGGAGAAGCCAUCCCUGUAUAUCGGGGUGCGGGGCACUGUUGUCCGUUCCAUGCAGGAGGUGCUGUGGACUCGCCUUCGGGAGCUCCCAGACUCGGUGCUGAGUGAGGAGGUGGUGAAGGGCAUCGCUGCUGGCAUUGAGGCAGCCCUCUGGGACCUGACGCAAGGCACCAACGGCCGGUACAAGACCAAGUACCGCAGCCUGCUGUUCAACCUGCGGGACCCCAGGAACCUGGACUUGUUUCUCAAAGUGGUUCAUGGAGAUGUCACCCACUACGACCUGGUACGGAUGAGCUCGAUGCAGCUGGCCCCCCAGGAGCUGGCCCGCUGGCGGGACCAGGAGGAGAAAAGGGGCCUGAAUAUCAUUGAGCAGCAACAGAAGGAGCCGUGUAGACUUCCAGCCUCCAAAAUGACCCACAAGGGCGAAGUGGAGAUCCAGCGGGACGUGGACCAGACGCUGACCCUGGAGGAUCUGGUGGGACCGCAGGUGUUCAUGGACUGCAGCCCACAGGCCCUGCCCAUCGCAUCAGAGGACACCACGGGGCAGCAUGACCACCACUUCCUAGACCCCAACUGCUGCAUCUGCAUGGACCGGGAGUCCUCGAAUGAGCUGCUAGGCUCCUCCAAAGCUGCCAAGAGCUGUGGGGACAAUAUCUUCCAGAAAGCCCUAAGCCAAACUCCUAUGCCUGCUCCAGAGAUGCCCAAAGCCAGGGAGAUGCCUCCCACAGAACCACAGGACAGGGUUCCUCCAUCUGGGCUCCAGGUGUCUGCUGCACCCACAAAGGCCCUGCCCUGCAUGCCACCCUGGGAAGGUGUUCUGGACAUGUUCUCCAUCAAGCGGUUCCGGGCCAGGGCCCAGCUGGUCUCGGGACACAGCUAUCGGCUCGUCCAGGCUCUGCCCACCGUGAUCCGCUCGGCAGGCUGCAUCCCCUCCAACACUGUCUGGGACCUUCUGGCCAGCAUCUGCCCAGCCGAGGCCAAGGACGUCUGUGUGAUCAGGCUGUGCCCACAUGGGGCCCGGGACACCCAGAACUGCCGCCUGCUCUACUCAUACCUCAAUGACAGGCAGCGCCACGGCCUGGCCUCUGUGGAGCACAUGGGGAUGGUCCUGCUGCCCUUGCCUGCCUUCCAGCCCCUGCCCACCAGGCUGCGCCCUCUGGGGGGCCCAGGUCUGGAGGUCACUCACUCAAGUCUGUUGCUGGCUGUGCUGCUCCCCAAGGAAGGGCUUCCAGACACAGCAGGGUCCAGCCUCUGGCUGGGGAAGGUUCAAAAGAUGGUCUCCUUCAACAGUAAGGUGGAGAAGAGAUACUACCAGCCAGAUGACAGAAGGCCGAAUGUGCCCCUGAAGGGCACCCCUCCCCCAGGAGGUGCCUGGCAGCAGAGCCAGGGCAGGGGCAGUAUAGCUCCAAGGGGAAUCUGUGCUUGGCAGAGGUCCCCCAGAGGCAGGGGGAGGCUCUGGCCAGAGCCUGAAGCCUGGCAGGGUCCUGGGCGAGGGCAAUGGCCCCCAGAACCAGACUUGCGCCAGUCCCAGCAUCCCUAUUCAGUAGCACCAGCUGGUCAUGGCUUUGGCCGUGGCCAGCACCUCCACAGGGACUCCUGUCCCCACCAAGCCCUGCUCCGGCACCUCGAAUCCCUGGUGACUAUGAGUCACCAGCUCCAAGCCUUACUGUGCCCCCAGGACAAGAGCUCCAUUUCCUGCCCUCUGCAGUGUCUGUCCAGCCCCCUUGCAGCUCCAGAGCCCCCUGGCCCAGCCCCUGACUCCUCUUUGGGGAUUACAGAUGAAGCUAGCUCUGAGUGUCCCUUCCCUAGAAAGGCCUGACCCUCCUUACCCACCAGAAUGGGUUUUGAUGCCCUCACUAGUGUUGAAGCCUGUUCCAGAGAGAGACGGGGCUGCAAGGAGAGGAUGGUUAGCUCUACCCACCUGCCCUGUUUGAGCUUCUUGUUUGACAGUGUUUGCUGUUGAUUUUUUUGUUCAAUAAAGAAUUUGGCAAAAUUGGGA